UUGGCCUGGUGCCUGGCUAUCGCCCCCCCCCCUCCCCCCGCCGCCCCUCCAGCGCACACGCCUCUCCUCCCGGCUGGCUUCCGUUCGAUCGAUGGGGCAGUGAAGGAUGCUGCCAGGCCCCGGGGAAGCGACAGCAGCAGCAUCUCCAUCAGCAAUCUCAGCCCUUCAAGGCUCCUGCUAGGUACUAAACAGUAUUAGAGGAAACCUAUACUAAGGUCAUAUAUCAUCUCCAAACAGCUGGCCAGAAGCCUGGUUGUCACUGCCUACCCGGUGUAGAAUGGCAUUUGGGCUCAGCACUCUGUUCUUGUUGCUGUGGGCAAUAACAGGGUAUUUCUGUGAGCAGUGCACGGAAGGAGCCACAUACUCGGACGCAGUGAUAUCUCCUAAUUUAGACACCACUAAAAUCAUGAGAGUUCCCCAUGCCAUGUCGAUGUCAGACUGCACAGCGGCUUGCUGCGAUCUUUCGGGUUGUGACUUGUCCUGGAUGUUUGAACGGCGCUGCUACAUUGUGAACUGCCAGCAUAAAGAAAAUUGUGAACCCAAGAAAAUUGAAACAGUGAAGUCUUACCUUACGUUUGUACUUAGGCCUUCUCAGAGGCCAGGUGCAUUGCUAGGGUAUGGACAGGUGCUGCCAAAUAUGGUUCACUCUGUGGGACUACAGGGUGAGCCCUCUGAGGAAGUGAGUAACCUGAAGGAGCUGUCUUUGCUGAGUAAAGACCACAGCUUUGAGGAGAUACCUGAAUACACUGGUGACUACAGGGACUUGGAACAGGACCCCUUUCAACUGAGCAUCAAGCACAAACAGAAAGAGAGCACUGAUUACAUGGACUGGGGCCUCAUGGUGGCCAGUGAAAAUGGCUUCAACUCUACAGUAGCUGAUACCGAAGACGACCAUGAGGAUUUGGCUGAAAAGCAGAGGGAAGGCAGUAGACUGGAAAAUCUCAUGACUAAAAGUGGGUCCAAUUCAAACUCUGUUUCUAUUGAACACGCCAAGGAGAAGCUGCCAUCUCUCGCUGAGAUGACACCAUUCCCAGUGGAGUCCACUGAAAGCAAAGCAGCUAGACAACCACCUGUACAAGCCAGUGACAACCUGGGGAAAGAGGUUCUAACACCUUCCCAUAAUCCUCCUUCAGACAAUCUGGAAUCUACCCAAGCUAUUGCAGAGAGAACUCAAUUCCCAACAGCAGCCCCCUGGAGUCUGACACAAGAUGGGAUCACACCACUUCCAGCUAGUUCUGUCAUCUCUCAGGCCACUGUCAUGCAGCAGGUCCCAUCUCCCACCACUGCUGCUAAAGCAGAUCCAGUAAAAGAACUCGUGGUGUCAGCUGGAGAUAAUUUACAGGUGACUCUACCAAAAAACGAAGUUGAACUGAAUGCCUUUGUUGUGCCACCACCCCCAACAGAAACAGCCUACAGCUAUGAGUGGAGCUUGAUCAGUCACCCUGCUGACUAUGAGGGUGAAAUGGAGCGGAAGCGUACACGGACACUGAAACUUUCUCAACUGUCAGUAGGCCGCUAUGCCUUCAAAGUGACCGUUUCUGGUGAAAACGCAUUUGGAGAAGGAUUUGUAAAUGUCACUGUCAAACCAGCAGUCAGAGUAAACCAACCACCCGUAGCAGUUGCUUCCCCCAACGCACAGGAGGUGUCUUUGCCUACAACUUCUACCUUCAUUGAUGGCAGUCAAAGUAGAGAUGACACUAAGAUACUGAGCUACCACUGGGAGGAAAUUAAAGGUCCCUUGCGAGAACAGAAGGCAUCAGCUGACACGCCUGUUUUGCACUUGUCUAACCUUGUUCCCGGAAAUUACACUUUCCGGUUAACAGUAACUGAUUCAGAUGGAGCAGCUAACUCCACAAUUGCAUCUCUGACAGUCAACAAACAAGUGGAUUACCCACCCAUUGCCAACACAGGACCAAAUCAGGCAAUAACUUUGCCCCAAAACUUCAUCACGCUGAAUGGAAACCAGAGCAGUGAUGAUCAUGAGAUUGUCAGCUACGAGUGGUCGCUUAGCCCCAAAAGUAAAGGCAAAGUAGUAGCAAUGCAGGGAGUGCGGACUCCAUACCUCCAGUUAUCUGCAAUGCAGGAAGGAGAUUAUACAUUUCAGCUGACUAUUACAGACUCAGCGAGACAGCGGUCCACAGCUGAGGUCACUGUGAUUGUACAACAUGAAAAUAACAGUCCUCCAGUAGCGGUGGCUGGUCCAGAUAAGGAAUUAACAUUUCCAGUAGAAAGCACUACACUGGAUGGAAGCAAAAGUCAUGAUGACCAAGGCAUUGUUUUCUAUCACUGGGAAAAUAUCAGGUAUCUAGUAAAAAUGAGUGGGCCAACCACUGUGCAAAUAGGAAACAUUGACAAAGCAGUGGCAACUGUAAGUGGUCUACAGGUUGGUACCUAUCACUUCCAACUGACGGUGAAAGAUUACCAGGGAUUAAGCAGCACAGCUACACAGUCUGUUACAGUGAAGGAAGAAAACAACAUUCCUCCCCGGGCUCAUGCAGGAGGCAAACACGUUCUUGUGCUUCCGAAUAACUCCAUUACAUUGGAUGGCUCACGGUCUACUGACGACCAAGGGAUUGUAUCGUAUCUGUGGAUUCGGGAUGGCCAGAGCCCAGCCGCUGGUGAUGUGAUUCAUGGCUCAGACCAUGAGGCAGCUCUGCAGCUAACCAAUCUUGUGGAAGGACUCUAUACUUUUCACUUGAAAGUCACAGAUGCUAAAGGAGAUUCAGCUAUUGACGCUGCCACUGUUGAAGUGCGGCCUGACCCUAAAAGAAAUGGUCUGGUGGAGUUGAUUUUGCAAGUUGCAGUUGGCCAGCUGACUGAGCAACAAAAGGACACCCUGAUGAGACAGCUAGCCGUGCUGCUGAAUGUCUUGGAUUCAGACAUCAAAGUUCAGAAGAUACAAGCCUAUUCAGAUUUAAGCACAGCAGUUGUAUUCUAUGUGCAGAAUGGGCAUCCUUUCAAAGUCAUAAAGGCUUCAGAUGUCGCACGGAUGCUGCACGUGCAGCUGCUAAAGGAGAAGGCUGACUUCCUGCUUUUUAAAGUUCUGCGGGUUGACACAGCUGUCUGCCUUUUAAAAUGCUCUGGACAUGGUCACUGUGACCCCAUCACAAAGCGUUGUAUUUGCUAUCAGCUGUGGAUGGAGAACUUGAUCCAGCGUUACCUGAAUGAUGGAGAGAGUAAUUGUGAAUGGAGCAUACUCUACGUGACAGUAUCCACUUUCAUUUUGGUUGUGCUCAUGGUGAGCUUAGCGUGGCUCUGCAUCUGCUACUGCAAGAGCAGAAAGAGGACAAAGAUAAGAAAGAAAACCAAAUACACUAUCCUAGAUAACAUAGAUGAUCAGGAGAGGAUGGAGCUAAGGCCCAAAUAUGGUAUAAAACACAGAAGUACAGAACACAAUUCCAGUCUGAUGGUUUCAGAGUCCGAGUUCGACAGCGACCAGGACACUAUCUUCAGCAGAGAAAAGGUCGGAAGAGAGAAUCCUAAGAACAUCAUGAAUGGUUCGGUCAAAAAUGGAGUUUCCUUCACCUAUAGCUCGAAAGACAGAUAAUUGAAUGAGUGUAAAAUGAAAGGACGUGCUGAUUUGACACACCAAGAAAGUGUUGAUCCACCUUUUGUUUUUCAAAAUCAAAAGCUUCCUAAAAUUUAUCCUAACAGCAGAUGAAGUAAAAUUCCAGUACAGUGAUGGGGGGAUUAAACAGACAACUAACUCUUGUCAUUUGAUGUAAGAAGCACAUUUAAUUCCUCCUUUGCUCUGUGCUGAACUUUUAUGUAUAAGUGUCAGCAGACACUUUUCCUAUAGUAGACCAAUGAAUCACAGCUAUGACCCCAGCCAGGAGUGUUCUGUUACGAACAACGGUGACUGUCUGAGGCUUUGAGCUAUAUACAGGCUGUGUCUUUACUUUGUUUCCAUCACUUGGAGGAGCUCUGUUAUGUUAUGUAGCUAGUGUAAAACUGUAAAAGCCAGAAUUCAGCGUUUCCCUUCUAGCUUCAAAGAGAAGAGUUUGGCUACAAGCUCCGUCUUCAUAUACAGUUUUUAAGUUGGAUACAGAAAGGGGAGGUCCAUAGAUAGCAUUUUUAAUACAUAGUAUUUGCCUCUACGCUCUGCUUUAUGACUGUGGUUUUUAGGGUAGCACGCCUCAGGUGAAAAUGCCUCUGUUUUCAAGGGAUGUUUACUAUCUAGCAGUUUCAUUUAAUCAGCUGCAAGCUAAUGUGAUACGUUUGUAUCCUAUACAAAACAUAUGCCCCCUAUAUUUAUGUCGAAAAAUGACGGCAGCACAGAAAUCCUGCUUUUUAUUCUCUUCCGUUAUGAUGACUGAGGCAUGUAUUUCUGUUCCCUCUGGGGCCUGAAGACCCAAGCCAGGGGUAUGUAAUAAAGAGGAGAGAGGGGCAGGGAGGACUUAGCACCUGCAUGCCUCCUGCUAUGUGUUGAGCACCCUAAACUUCCUUUGGCUUAAAUGGGAGUUUAAGGGGCUCAGGACCUUUCAAGAUUGGACCCUUAAUGCACUUAAAUUGAGAUGGACACUAGACUAUGUCGGCCGGGGAGUGUUAGAAUGUGUCAAGGCUGUUACUGAGCAAAGGCUUGUAACAAAGAGCCAUAUAGGAAGCAGGAGCUUUGAUCACACAGUAAGGAUUGGUUAGGGCUGACUGACACUUUUACUUGAAUAUUAGAGGGGUUUUUUGUUUACUCUUUGCUAGGGGGUUGGCUGUUGUGGGUCAGGAAGAAGGGCAAGAUUCUGAGUUUUGAGCUCACUGUUGUUCAUAAUUCAGCACCCAGGUACUAUUCAGGGGUGCCAUAUUUGAAGCGCCCAUCACGUCCUUGAGAUCUGUGUAAGGAGAACCCAGGACUUCAUUUGUUCAUGGCUACGGUGGUGGGGGAUACAGACCAGUCAGCUUAACUUCAGUACCCAGGAAGUUAAUGGAGCAAAUAAUUAAGUAAUCAAUUGGCAAAAACCUAAUAGGUAAUAAGGUGAGAAGUAACAGCAUGGAUUUGUCAAGAACAAAUCAUGUCAAACCAACUCAAUAGCUUUCUUUGACAGGGUAACAAGCCUUGUGGAUGGGGAAGCAGUAGAUGUGGUAUGUCUUGACUUUAGUAAGGCUUUUGAUACGGUCUCACAUGACCUUCUCAUAAAUAAGCUAAGGAAAUACAACCUAGAUGGAGCUACUCUAAGGUGGGUGCAUAACUGGUUAGAAAACCGUUCCCAGAGAGUAGUUAUCAGUGGUUCAGUCAAGCUGGAAGGGCAUAACAAGUUGGCUCCCGCAGGGAUCGGUUCUGGGUCCAGUUCUGUUCAAUAUCUUCAUCAAUGAUUUAGAUAAUGGCAUAGAGAGUAUAUUUAUAAAGCUUGUGGACGAUACCAUGCUGGGAAGGGUUGCAAGUGCUUUGGAGGAUAGGAUUACAAUUCAAAAUGAUCUGGAGAAAUGGUCUGAAGUAAAUAGGAUGAAAUUCAAUAAGGACAAAUACAAAGUACUCCAUUUAAGAAGGAACAAUCAGUUGCACACAUACAAAAUGGGAAAUGACUGCCCUAAGAGCUAAGAAGGAGUACUGCAGAAAGGGAUCUUGGGGUCAUGGUGGAUCACAAGCUAAAUCUGAGUCAACAGCAUAAUACUGUUGCAAAAAAAGCAAACCUCAUUCUGGGAUGUAUUAGCAGGAAUGUUGUAAGCAAGACAUGAGAAAUAAUUCUUCCGCUCUACUCUGCGCUGAUUAGGCCUCAACUGGAGUAUUGUGUCCAGUCCUGGGUGCCACAUUUCAGGAAAGAUGUGGACAAAUUGAGAAAAUCCAGAGAAGAGCAACAAAAUAACUAAAGGUCUAGAAAACAUGACCUAUGAGGGAAGAUUGGAAAAUAUAAUCCCAAGUACACAUACAUAAUGAUGGAUUUUAAAUUAGCUGUUACAACUCAAGAAAAAGAAACCCAAUUUUUUCAAUGUGCAUUAUUUUGUUCUUAUCUGUGAUGAAUUUCAUCUUCCGUUUUGUUGUAAUUCUUUGCAGUCCGCUUUGGAUUUAACUAUAUUGAAUAAUUUUGUAUCAUCUGCAACUUUGCCACUUCACUGUUCACUCCCUUUUCCAGAUCAUUAAUGAAUAUGUCGAACAGCACAGAUCCCAGAUCCUUUGGGACCCUGCUGUUUACCUCUCUCCAUUGUGAAAACUGACUAUUUAUUCUGAACUUCUGUUUCUGAUCCUUUAACCAGUUACUGAUCCAUGAGAGGACCUUCCCUCUUAUCCCAUAAUUACUUAGUUUCCUUAAGAGCCUCUGGUGAGGGACUUUCUGAAAAUCCAAGUACACUAUAUCCACUGGUUCACCCAUAUUCACAUGCUUGUUGAUGCCCUCAGAAUUCUAAUAGAUUGAUGGAGGCAUGACUUGCCUUUACAAAAGUCUGUCUCUUCCAUAACAAAUCGUGUUUAUUUGUGUCUGAUCAUUCUUUUCUUUACUAUAGUUUCUACCAGUUUGCCUGGUCAGUGACAUUAGGCUCACUGGUCAAGAUCUCCUUGGGUGCCCUUUUUAAAUAUCAGUGUUAAAUUAACUACCUUUCAGUCAGCUGGUGCAGAGUUUCAGUGAUAGGUUACAUACUACAGUUAAUAGUUUUGCAAUUUCUUAUUUGAGUUCCUUCAGAAGUCUUUGGUGAAUACCAUCUGGUCCUGGUGACGUAUUACUGUUUAAUCUUCUAUUGACACAUCAAUGUGGGAUGGUACUUCAGAUUUUGUGGUCAAAAAAGAAUAGCUCUGAAGUCAGUAUCGCCCUCACAUCCUCUGCAGUGAAAAUCGAUGCAAAGAAUUAAUUUAGCUUUUCUGCAAUGGCCUUGUCUUCCCUGAAUGCUCCUUUCGCAUCUUGGUAUUCUAGUGGUUCUGUUGUCUGGUUGGGAGGGUUCCUGCUUCUGAUGUACAUCAAAAAAUUCUUACUGUUAGUUUUUGUGUCUUUAGCAAGUUGCUUCUCAAAUUCUUUUGUGGCCUGCCUUAUACUUGAAGAUGUAACCUGUCAGAGUUUGUGGCACCUUUAUCUUCACUAUGAUUAGGCUUUCAAAUUUGAAAGGAUGCCUUUUUGCCGCUAACGGCCUCCACUGCUCUGCUGUUUAGCGAUGGUGGCAUUCUUUUUGUCCUCUUAUUAUUUUUUCUGAUUUGUGGUAUAGAUUUAUUCUGAGCCUCUGUUAUGGUGUUUUUAAAUAGUCCUCAUUCUGCUUGCAGGCAUUUGACCCUUGUGACAAAUCCUUUUGAUUUCCAUCUAACAAGCAUGCUCAUUUUUGUGUAGUUCUCCUUUUUAAGUUACAUGCUAAUACCUUUCUGGCUCUGAGAAUUUGUGAUAUCAAAUAUUAAUAUCCUCAGUGGUCCUUAAGUCUAGCAUGACUUUUUUUGUCAGGCAUUCAGGACUGAAUAUAACAAGCCCUGAACUUUUGGAUCAGUGUAAUUUUUAUUUCUAAUAAUGCUGAAUUCCUGGAGUCUCUGCCCAGGCAAUUCCCAGAACUGGGAGGGCAAGGCUAUUAACUGGUAGGGUUAAAUGCAUUGGUGGAACUGAGUGGGGAAUUCUGCCUAUUUUUAUGGACUGUACUGGACUUGAAGAACUCAAGAUCCACUCUGACAGACAAAAUAAAAAUAUUAAAAAUGCCCCAGGGUGCUGGGAGCUACUCAGAAAAUUCCCACACUUACUAUACAAGCAGCUGAGGGUUGAGAUGGUAACGCUCUACACGAAAGCAUCAAUACAUUAAUAAGGACAACCAUGGCAACCAUGUUCUUGCCUGCAUCCCAUCAAAGUUAAGCCCUGAGUGCAGUUGAUAUAUUGAAGAUUCUCACACUCAUUACUAGAAGAGGCAUUUAAUAAGUCCACAAACUAAUUGUUGCGUGGGGGGCAUCCAUACUUACAGAACAUAAAACUACGCCACUAUAAGCAAGCCAAAACCGUGUUUUUGUUUGUUGUUUUGUUUUAACCUUGGCAAAGUGCUUCUGCAGUAUGAGGUGAAAUUUAGGUGGACAUAUCUGACAAGAACAGUAAAAACAAAACCUCUGUCUUCUAAUUCAACCCCUGAGCUGUUGCUGAUUUUGUUAACUGUUGUUUGACGGUCAUGACCAAGUUACAUUUGACAAGCCCAGUCAUCUCAUCUCUUGUUUCACACUUUUCAGAUAUAUUUCCAACUCCCUUCUGGGAGGACAAAAGGAACUUUAACAACCUCAUUGUCAAGUGCACCAGAUACAGCUGUAGUUCAGGCACCCCCCAGGUCCCCCGGGUUGCCAGACAUGCUUGCCUAUGUGAUGCUAAUUUUAUUUUAUUCAGCAGAUUGUCUUGAGGAAAUGGAAGUGCACAUGCUCAUGCAGGGGGAUUCAUCUGCAGAGAGUUUAACAGCACAGUGUGUAUUGUCUCCAUUCUUUAUUCUACCCCUUCAAACCUGAGAGCAGCUCAAAAAUGCUAGACCUUAACAUUCCUCAGACAGCUCUGGCCUUCUUCAAACAAUCACAGGCCAAAACCUUCAGGCCCCCCAUUUAAGCAAAAUUCCUGUCAAACUUUGUGGGUGUAUUCCCUGUAUAACGAGUGUGGGUUUUGGUCUUUGCUAUGUUGAGACGAUAAUGGAGUAAGUUAUAGUGACCUUGAGUUUCGGGUGGCGAUGGUGCAGAGAAAAUGACGACUGUCACCUGCUGGACAAUUUAUGGAAGACUGGUCUGAGAAAUAGAGAUGAAUAGUGAGCAUCCCUCUAGAAGAAGGGCGAGUGGGAUAAGAAAGUGGGGAAGGGAGGUCCUAAAGCAUAAGGAAGAGUUGUACUUUAGGAUUCUGGACACAGCUCAGUGUCAGAUCCAGGUGUAGCAAGGGAGAAAAAAGUCCAAAGGUUUGAAACUGAUAGUACUUUAAAUGAAAAUACAUUUCCCUGUAGCAUAGGCAAUGAAUUAAGUGCAAGUCAGCCACAAAUCAGUACUUUGCCUCUGUAUAGAAGCAUAGUGCCCUGUGUGUGGGUGAGCUAUUGCAGACUUUCUAAUAGGAAUCUGUCUCUGGAAAAUGUUAUAUAUUGUAAAUGAUAAUAUAUUAUAACUGGAACCAUUUCUGAAGUGAUGAUGUAGCCUUCCUAAUAAAGAUCCGUCUUUCCUUCUAUGA